GCUCCACCACCAACGUACCCCAUCGAUCUCUUCUCAUACAUCUCAUGUAAUAACCCCAAGAUAAAAACAUAUAUAUACACAAAGUAUAUAUCGAUUAUUCAUAUCAUAUAAAGGAAAAAAGAUCCCAAAUAAAAAAGAAAGAAGAUAUAGAAAUAUAAUUAAAGCUGCUGCCAACCAAUGGAUAUCUCUUCCUCCUCCUUAGAAAGGGUUGGUUAUGUUCAGUGCAAUUUCUGCAACACUAUUCUCGCGGUGAGUGUUCCGGGGAGCAGCAGUAUAUUCAGUUUGGUGACAGUGAGAUGUGGGCACUGUUGUAAUUUGCUCUCUGUGACUAUGCCAUCUCCUAAUAAUUUGCUUCAUCCCCCUCUCCCUCUUCAACAUUUCAUCCUCCACCAGAAUGAGGAGAAAGAGAAAUGGAAUAGUGAAGAUGGGAUAGGGUCGUCAAAGAUCAGAAAUGCAGAAGAUGAUGAUGAAGAGGAGGUGGAGGAAGAAGAAGCAAGACUCACCCACAUACGCCCACCGGAGAAAAGGCAGCGAGUCCCUUCUGCUUACAAUCAAUUCAUCAAGGAGGAGAUCCAGAGGAUAAAAGCUAGCAAUCCAGAUAUUAGCCACCGCCAAGCUUUCAGCACUGCUGCUAAAAAUUGGGCACAUUAUCCUCAUAUCCAUUAUGGGCUAAAUGUUGAAAACAAGCAAGCCAAUUUAGAUCAUCAUGUUGUGGGAGGGGAAGCGGCUCAAAAAUCCAUUGGUCUCUGCUAAGAAAGUAUAUUAUAUAUAUUUCAAUAAUGCCCUGAUUUAUUAUUUGAAUUUAUUGUUAAUACAUUGUUUGUACGUGU